AGAAUAUAGUUGCUUUCUUUUAGGUCUGCAGCAGUAAGUAAUGUGAGCUUAAACUAUACACAUCCCCACCUCAACUAUUACUCCAUAGGAUGGAAUGAGAAGAGAAGAUUAACUAACAAGGGUUUAGAAUCCUAUUUACUCCGAGUAUGCUAGAUCCUAUGAGCUUCACAAGGAAGAUGGGACAUAGAAAUUCAAAACUCAAGAGACUCAGGGAUCAGCAUGAGAAAGAAACCCUGGCUGCCCGAGAGCAUAUGUUUGGAAAGUUUGAUACAAUUAUUAUAUCCGGAGAUACACAUCUACCAUGCCAUAGAGAAAUUUUGAUGGAGCACUCCUUCUAUUUUCGAUCCAUGUUUGGUAAAUUCGCUGAGAAAUCUCUAGCGUCAAUAGAACUAAAGGAUAUUUCAGAUCCAAGCCUAAUGAGCCAGAUAAUCAACUAUAUGUAUUUCCACACUGUUACCUUGAGUCCUAAGAACGUGCAGGAUAUUCUCACAACAGCAAACUAUCUCAUGAUUGAUACUUUAACCAGUGAUUGUGUUCAAUAUAUCAAGGAUAGGAUCGAUCGUAAAAAUGCGGUUUCAGUUUUUCUUUAUACCGGAGAAAUGGGACCUUGGGACCUUCAUAUAGCUGCUCAAGACUUUAUUCUUCAACACUUUGAACAGGUUGAGCAGAGUUUUCGAUCCCAUCUGGUGAAGAAGAAUAAGAACCUGAGUACUGCGCUAGAAGAAGCGAGAACGUAUUUAGCGAAAAACACUCAUCAGAAGCUGGACUACUGGAGUUGUAAGCCUAAGCCCCCUCGCUGGCCUAAAAUAUUUGUGAUCAUGAGAAUGUACUGGAAAAAUCUACCAAUGGAGUAUUACGAUUUUAAACUCAAAAGUUGGAAACAAUUAACGCCAGUGCAGAACUGGAGAAGCUGUACAGCAUUAGUGGGACACAAGCAUAGUAUUUAUCUACUGGGGGGAGAAGAAGUUGAUACAGAAUCCCCAACAGGGUCAAGAACCGUUAACAGGGUUACCAGGUAUGAUUGUGAGACUGGUAAAUGGUCUGGUGGUCCAAGUAUGCUUCUGGCAAGGAGAUGGUCUGGUGCUCUGGUUGUAGACAAUGUAAUCUACUGCAUCGGUGGGAUCGGAGGGAAAGGAGGAACCUAUGAGAGGAGACUUGAUACUGUAGAAUGCCUGGAACUAGAUGAAGAGGGGGUCAGGAGAUGGAAACCUCUGGCUAACAUGUCCACUCCGAGAUCCUCCCACACCUGCGAGGUUAUGGAUGGUCUGAUCUACGUAGUGGGAGGAGGAGAUGGCAAGGAUUGGUUAUCAUCUGCGGAGGUGUAUGACCCAAAGAAGAACCGAUGGAAAACAAUAUCGGAUCUCUCCGCUAAGCGGUGGAAAUGUGGUUUAGUCCAGCUCGGAGGAUAUCUCUACGCUGUCGGAGGCAUGGAUUCUCCCAGGGCAGGGUUCUGGGGAGCUCCGCUUAAUACAGUGGAACGAUAUUCAGCAAGAACGGAUACCUGGACGAAUAUUGCUCCGAUGCAUGAGAGUAGGUUCGGUUGUGCCGUAGUAUCCCAUCAAGGAAAGAUCUAUGUGAGCGGAGGGUUCGGACAGGAUAAAGCAAUUCUCAGCAGCGUAGAGUGCUACGACCCGGAGACAGAUAGAUGGUCUAAACUCUCCAAUAUGAAGAAAAUGUGCGGUUUUGUCGGCGGAGUUCUGAUAGAUCGUCCAGUACUAUUCGAGACAGAGGGAGAGACCAAGAUAGUUGCCCAACGGAGCUCACGUACAGAAGGAAGGUCGAUACGUUCCAACAGUAAUAUGUGACUUCGUGACGUCAUUCAGAACCAGUUUUAUCGAUGGAAAACUAUUGGCUAGCCAACUCUUUCAUUAAGAGUUCCUCUACAGAUUCACAUCUAGUAGGACCUCUCUCUUAUUCUACUAUGUAGUACCACUGGAGAGACUCUGUCUAUAAGAGUUCCACAGAUUCACAUAUAGUAAGACCUCUCUCUUAUCCUACUAUAUAGUACCACUGGAGAGACUCUGUCUAUAAGAGUUCCACAGAUUCACAUCUAGUAAGACCUCUCUCUUAUCCUACUAUAUAGUACCACUGGAGAGACUCUGUCUAUAAGAGUUCCACAGAUUCACAUCUAGUAGGACCUCUCUUUUAUCCUACUAUAUAGUACCACUAGAGAGACUCUGCCUAUAAAAGUUCCACAUAUUUACAUCUAAUAGGACCUCUCUCUUAUCCGACUAUAUAGUACCACUGGAGAGACUCUGCCUGUAAGAGUUCCACAGAUUUACAUCUAGUAGAACCUCUCUCUUAUUCUUGUAUCCAUGAAGAGACAGUGAAACAGAACCUAUUUAUUUUCUAGUCAGGAUGUUAUCCUUACAGGGAAUGUCUACGUAAUUUAAAGUUAUUUCUACCAUUUUUUUAUAAAAGCAAAUUUCCCGGGCAUUUAAAAAAUAUAUUUUUUAUAAGCAAGCGAGAUAAUGACCUAUUUCCACAUAUUUUAAUUCUUAGUUUAACCAAAAAACUGAAAGAUGUCCUGAAAUCCUGAACUAAACGAUAACUCUAGAUUACGUUGACAAUUCCUUUGAGCUAUUCGGAGCUUCUUUUUUAGAGAAUCCAUGGAAUUCGACAAAUGCCCCACAUCAAAUUACAGCUGUUUAAAACCCCUAAA